AUGUCUCCAGUCGAAGCUACUACUACCAACAACGAAAAGGUUGAAUUCUUAAAGAGUUUAAAACCAGAAAAUGUCGAACCAUUAUGGACUGUCAUGUCUGCCAUGGUUCCUCCAGUUCCAAAACCAAAGGCUGUUCCAACCCUUUGGGAUUAUAAAAAAUUAAGACCAUUAUUAGUUGAAUCUGGUCGUUUAGUACCAGCUGAAGAAUCAGAAAGAAGAGUCUUAAUGUUAAUUAACCCUGCUUUAAAAGCUCCUCAAACCACUGAUACUUUAUACGCCGGUUUACAAUACAUUAACCCUGGUGAAGUUGCUCCGGCUCACAGACACUCUGCUUUCGCUUUAAGAUUCAUUAUUGAAGGUAAUGGUGGUUUCACUGCUGUUGAAGGUCAAAGAAUCUAUAUGGAAAGAGGUGAUGUCAUCUUAACCCCAAGAUGGGAAUGGCAUGAUCAUGGUAAGGAAGGUGAUGGUCCAAUGAUUUGGUUAGAUGGUCUUGAUUUACCAAUGUUCCAAUCUAUUCCAGUUAACUUUGCUGAACAUUAUCACGAAGAUCGUUAUCCUGCUGAAACUGUCCCAGAUUCUGCUAUUAAGUUUCCAUGGAAGAUUACUCAAGAUUACUUGGACUCAGUUGACGGUGAUCAUGCUAUCUUUGACUACAAGAAGGGUGCUGACAAGACACCAUUAUCUACCAUUAUUGGCGCUCAAGCUGAAAGAGUUAAUGCUGGUAAGACUAGUCCAUCGCGUCAAGAAAACUCGUCAUUCGUCUUCCAUAUCUACGAAGGUACUGGUUACACCGUUAUUGAGGAAGAAAAUGGUGAAGAAACUAUCUUGAGAUGGGAUGGUAAGGAUACUUUAUGUGUUCCAGCUUGGAGAAAAUUCAGACAUGUUAAUGAAGGUAAUGAAACUGCUUACCUUUUCUCUUUCAAUGAUUCUCCAUUGCUUAAGAACUUGGCUAUCCACAGAACUGCAGCUAAUUAG